AUGACAACGAGAGAAACAAAAAAAGAUGACGAAGAAAAGCAAAUUCUAAUGCAAGAUUACAAGGUCGAAGAAGAACCAAAGGCAUGGAAGAAUGAACCAAGGGUUGGGAGGUCGAGUGAAGAGGCGCACAUGAGAGAUGAAUCUACGUCCAUGCUUCAUGUCCACAUGCCUAUGGAAGAUACUACAAAACAUUGCAUUGCUCUUAUUGACAAACAG